UCAGAUCCUAUGUGCAUUAAAUUCCUCAUUUUUUUCACUUUCUAUCUGCCUAGAGUAUUUUCUUUGGGAAACCGGAAGGUCCAUUAUUUCAGUGAGAGUAAGAGGGCUCUGUAAUGGGGAAUAAGGUGAAAUUUCCAGGUAUUAGUGAGGAACUGCAGAAGAUAUUAGAUGCAGAUAUGGACAACGUGGACGCCAGGCGUUGUGCUAGGGAGGCAUUCAAAGAUAUUCAGCUUUCGAUUGAUCAUAUCUUAUUCAAGGUGCCACAUGCUGGAUUGAAGAUGGCGGAGUUUUAUGAGGUUAAUUCUCGAGGGCUUGAAAUCUUCUCCAAAAGUUGGCUUCCAGAGACACAUCCAAAAGCUGUUGUCUAUUUUUGUCAUGGUUAUGGGGAUACAUGCACUUUUUUUGGUGAAGGUAUUGCAAGGAAAUUAGCAUCUUUUGGUUAUGGAGUAGUUGCCAUGGAUUACCCCGGAUUUGGGCUUUCAGAAGGUCUUCAUGGUUACAUACCAAGUUUUGACAAGUUGGUUGAUGACGUCAUCGAGAAUUACUCAAAAGUUAAAGAAAAGCCAGAGUUCUGUAAUCUACCAAGCUUCCUAUUUGGGGAAUCCAUGGGUGGAGCAAUAGCUUUGAAGGUGCACCAGAAGCAACCUAAUUCUUGGGACGGUGCUGUUCUUGUUGCACCUAUGUGCAAAAUUGCAGAUAACAUGAUUCCAUCAUGGUUAGUAACACAAAUUUUAAUUGGCGUCGCAAGGUUUCUUCCAACACAGAAGCUAGUUCCAACACAGGAUUUAGGAGAUUUGGUAGUCAGAGAUGCAAAGAAGAAAGAACACACUGCCUAUAAUGUCAUCUCUUACAAACAUAAACCCCGUUUACAGACCGCCCUGGAGUUACUGAAUGCCACAAGAGAGAUAGAGAGGCUACUAGAAAAGGUAUGUCACGUGUUUCAACUUUUCUUUGAAUUUGUGCAACAAAAGUUAAUUAAGCACUGGUUUUAA